AUGUCUGUAGAAGCAAGAAUAGGAGGUCCAAAAACAAAAUCAGGAAACUUUAAGCAAAGAACUCUACAUUUACAUAAUACACUGUUCAUUUCACUAAAGAAGACAAAAAACUCACAGGCAUGAACUUCAUGUUUACUUCCUUAUGUUUCUGAAAGGAUUUUCCUAGUUCUAAGCAUGAAGAUAAUUUGGACUGACCUCAUCGAGAGAAUAAUUUUUCUUUCACUUAUUGGACUUGGAGUUUUAGGAAACAACAUCUUAUUUGUGAGACAUUUGUAUGCAGUCAUCAUGGGUCCUGAGAACAAAAUUAUAGACAUGAUUCUCAUCCACUUGGCUUUUGUAAACACAAUCAUUAUUUAUUGCAUAGGGGUCAGAAACAUUGCUACAAUUUUUUACAUCAAAAACUUCCUAGGUGAUGUUGGUUGUAAAAUUAUAAUUUAUCUAGAAAGGGUUGCCCGUGGCCUCUCUAUCUGCACCACCUGUCUCCUCAGCAUGGUCCAGGCUAUCACCAUCAGUCCCAGGACUAACCUUUGGAGAAAGCUCAAACCACAGGCAGCAUGGCAUGUUCUUGCCUUUCUCCUCCUCUUUUGGAUCUUUAAUUCCCUGAUAAGCUCCAACUUGCUUCACUAUAUCACAGCAGGCAGUAGUGUCAACAGGUCUGUAGUUGGGAUGUUUACUGGGUAUUGCUAUAUGCUGCCAUCCAGGCACACAGUUAAGUGGCUGUUCCUCUCUCUCAUGGCUCUUCGUGAUGUCAUUUUCCAGGGUUUGAUGGGUUGGAGCAGUGGGUCCAUGGCUCUCCACUUGUACAAACAUCAUGUUCGUGUUCUCUACCUUCACGGCUCCAGGUCUGUAAACAAUUCCAGGCCAGAAGUCAGAGCUACCCAGAGGGUUCUAACUCUAAUGACAUGUUUCCUUUUCUUUUAUUUGGCAGAUUUUAUUUUCUCCUUAUACACAGGUUCCACAGUGACACGUGACUCCACAAUACUAAAUAUUAAAGCAUUUUUAGUACUUAGUUAUGCUGGUCUCAGCCCCUUUGUCCUGAUCAUCAGAGAUGUCUGUGUUGCUAAGCCCUGCUGUGUCCCCUGA